GUGCCACAGCAAAACAGGGAAGGGUGGUUCUGGACAGAACCACAAAACACAAGGUCUUAUUUGGAAAUAAACCACCUAAAUUUUCCUCUUUGGUGUAAGAAGCUUGGCUUCGUUAGAGGAAACAAUGAGCCAACCACAAACAGAUCAAGUCAACAGAAAUGGAGAUGUCUGAGUGCAUUUAUGACAAUGAUCCCUGUGAACAACAGCAAAAGGAACAACUCACUGUGGAUACAACUGGAGAGAGUGAUGGGGCGGAGGAGAGGACAGUGGAUAUUUAUGAAAGCGCAGACAUCUACAAUUGUCACACAGCUAGAACACAGGGUGCAGUACAACAGCAGCCAGGCUGGGCUGUUACUGUGUGCCUGGUGCUGCUCUGUGUUCUCCUCCUGGCUGGCAUUAUAGGCAUUGGACUCCACUGCAGAAUCAAACUGCAGACUCGCAGCAAGACCUGGGCUGGAAUGAGUAACCAGACUUUAGUUGAAUUCAAUCACUUCUGCAAAAAUGGAUGCACGUCAUUCAAUAACAGCUUUUACUACAUUUCUUCCGGCCAAAUGAGCUGGGAGGACAGCAGACGAGACUGCAAAAACAGAGGGGCAGAUCUGGCCGUUGUAAACAACAAAGAAGAGCAGGCAUUCAUCAACUCCUUUAAGCGUAUAUUGUGGAUUGGUCUGACUGACAGAGACAAAGAGGGCACAUGGAACUGGGUAGAUGGUUCUGUUCUGAGCAGCCCAAUGUUUUGGGAAUCAGGCCAGCCCAGUGUGAUCUUUAACGGACAGAAGGAGGACUGUGUUAACACUUAUUUUUUUAAUAACAUGUAUGCCAGUUGGAAUGAUGAAAACUGUGCCAACUUGCAACAAUGGAUCUGUGAAAAACGGAUUGACUUCUAACAUCAUUUGUCAAUACACAUUUGGUGAGCACCUUACUGCAGAAACAAACCUUGUUUUUAGGACAGUUUUUCCUUGUAUGCUUUUGUGUGUGUGAUGUCUCUUUGUCAAGUAGCAAACAAAUACAGUCCAGUUGCCCUAAGUUUUGCACAUACAGUAUAUGUAUGACACAAAGCCAGACACCUUACUGGUAUAUUCGUAUUGAGAGAAGUCAAAUUUCCAGACGAUGAAGCAACUUGAAGGAAGCCCUCAUCAGUGAGCAGACACUCUCACACCUUUGGGAAGGAAUGAGGACCCUGAUCUCAGGGUCUUUGUUUAUCCACCAGAAACCGCUCUAACAGGUCAUUGUGGGCUGUGGGACCGUUAGAUCUAUUUGAUAUGCAUGCUUUAUGUUGUGUGCCAUAGGAAAAAGGCUGGCAGACUGAUAUAGGGCCAGUGAGCAGAGGUAUGUUGCUGUUAAAGAUGAAGCUAUGUGAAUUUAUGGCAAUGUAAACUAUUGAUUAAUUGAGCUUUAGUCUUUGCUUUUUUACUGAGUAAACCAUAGUUGAUUCUACAAUAAAGGGCCACACUGGAAAAUGAAAAUCCCAACAAGGGCCAGAUAUUUUGUGUUUAUUUCUUUGAUGUAAUUGAAAAAGAUAAUAUCUUUGGCUGUAUUAUUGCAUGUCUCAUAUAGUCUCCUUACUUACAGUUUGGUUGACAAAAAUGUCAAAAAGAAUGACAAAUACUUUGGGAAAAGCGUCCAAAAA